UUUGAAGGUAUAAAAAAGGAGUGAAAAUCACUUGUUGCACUUCACUCCCUCUCCUCUUCAGUUGCCUGACAUUGGACUCUCAAGCCUAAUCAUGAGCAGGAACUUCUUGUCCAAAAAUGACGAGCUCCGCAGGGGGGACUACCUGAUGUCCAACAAUGGGGAGUAUAAGGCUGUUUUCCAGGAGGACGGUAACUUUGUCAUCUAUGGCUGGAAGCAUGUGUGGGAUUCAGAAACUGCAGGAACAGACGCUAUCCGCCUGUGCAUGCAGGCCGACUGUAACCUGGUCAUGUACAACAAGUGUGACAAGCCAAGGUGGCACACAAACUCGGCCAAUUCCAAAUGCAACAUGUGCCGUCUUCAGCUGACCAAUGACGGGAAACUGAUACUGAACACGGAAUGUGAUGAACUCUGGAGCUCUGAGAAGUCCAGAGGCAUGAAGUGAUCGAUUUAAACAACUACUGGAAGUUGAUUUGAGUUGGUAAAUCUGAUGUUUUGUAAUUUGGAGUCAAAUAAAAACUUUUGACGUAA